AUGUCGUCUCGUGUGGGAUUCCGCUUCUUCAACAACGCUCGCGCGUCCUUCCGCAAUGCGUCUGCGCCAUUCCGCCGGCCGGGUGGUCAGGGCUGGCGCUUCCAGAGCUCCGAAGCCGGCGCCGGCGCCGCGGAGCAGCAGAGCACUUUCCAGCGCAUGUGGAACAGCCCUGUCGGUGUGAAGACUGUGCAUUUCUGGGCUCCCGUUAUGAAGUGGGGUCUGGUCAUCGCCGGUAUCUCCGACUUCAACCGUCCUGCUGAGAAGCUCUCCCUCACUCAGAACGGUGCUCUGACUGCAACCGGUGCCAUCUGGACCCGCUGGUGCUUGAUCAUCAAGCCCCGUAACGUUCUGCUUGCCGCCGUUAACUUCUUCCUCGGAUGCGUUGGUGUCGUCCAGGUUUCCCGCAUCAUCAUGUACCGUCGCAGCCAGGAAGGCUCCGCCAUCGAGACUGCCAAGGAUAUCGAGCAGGAUGUUGCCGAGUCUGCUAAGUCUGCCGCCAAGCAGGCUAAGGGUGCCGUCGAGGAUGCCGUCAAGUCAAACUAA